AUGGACUUCAAAUCCCUCAUGUCCGCUCAAAUCGCCAAAGCGAAGCCCAAGCCCACCCCAUCGCCGUCGAAGUCACCCACUCCCGAGGCCGUUGCCAACAGUAAAUAUUUGCGCCGUGCAGAGCUGGAAGCCGCACGGCAAGCUGCUUAUCUCGCCGAGCAAGAGAAAAUACAAGCCGAGCGGGAGGAACGGACAGCCAAGAAGCGCAAACUAGAGGCUGAAGAGCAAGACAAGGCCGCGAGGAGGGAGGAGAAAUUGAGACGGUUGGCAGAAGAGAGUAAGAGGAGACGGGAAGAGGAGGAGCGAGAGGAGGAAAGAAAGCGAAGGAAGAGAUUGGGCCUACCUGACUUGGUCGAUCAGAAAGCCAUCGAAGACGGCUCAGCAGCCGACGGAGUCGGCGAGGACAUACCCGACGAUGAGUUACGGUCAAAGCUGCGAGACCUGCACGAGCCUGCCUCCCUCUUCGACGAGGACCAUUCCGCACGAUUGAGACGAUACUACGCUCUGACCCGACAAAAGGCAUUGACAAAGGCUGCCAAAAAAUUUAUGACGAAUGGGCCCGUCCCAACAACAUUGGAACCCCUCCCAGAGAAAGACCUACUCCUCCCAGAAACGAUGCCUGACCGAGCGUCACCCGAGUGCACAUUCCUCUACCGACAGAUAGCCUCAUAUUUCACCCUCCUGCUCACCGAAUGGAGCCGCGCCUUGAACGAAAGAACCGAAGAAGUCAAGCAGUCAUCUUCGGGAAAGCAGGCUUAUCAAGCGUACCUGACUGUCUUGCGCGACCUGACACCCCUCUUCCGGCAAUUAGAAUCCGGCACUCUGGAUCAUUCGCUGCUCGGGUCCAUCUGCAAGAUCCUCCGCAGCACGCAAUCCCGCCGGUACGUCGAAGCUAACGACGAAUACCUGACCCUUAGCAUUGGAAAAGCCGCCUGGCCAAUCGGCGUUACCAUGGUGGGCAUCCACGAGCGUUCGGCGCGCGAGAAGCUCCACGACGGAAAUGCCCAGGCCCAUAUCAUGAGCGAUGAGGUAACAAGGAAGUUUUUGCAGAGUAUCAAGCGCUGUAUCAGCUUUGCGCAGACAAGGUGGCCGCCUGAAGAUUUGGGACAGUUGAUGGGCUAA